UCAGUGACGCAAUGAAAGACGGGCGCGUUGUCACAACAAAAUACGUUCGGCUACAUAGAUUGUGAAAUUAUUUUGAUGUAAUAUAAAAUAGGGUUUUGUUGCUUAGAACCGUACCGUAUUUGGCUGUCAGUGUCAGAGCCAAUUCGCCUCUAAACAGAACAUGUAGUUAACUAAGGUUCUUUGGAUAUAGAAGGAUUAACGUUAGGCUCCUUUAGUCCAUUAUUGUGCUAGGGUUUACUUACGUUUUCCAGGACCGAACUUGAGUCCGAAUCGUUGCGUGUUUUAUAUAAUUGACCCCACUUUGUUAUCCUCUUCAUACCGAAAAAGUGGUGUACAACUAACGUUAACACGGGAGUUAGACGUCAAACGAAAUACGGAAGUGAAACGAUAGCACACAAUUAGUACCACUUCCUUUUUAAACUACGAGGAACGAACAGGACAAAACGAAAAAUAACACAACGUUGAGUUGCCUAUGUAGCCGUUGGUUGUUGAGUCAUUCUGGCGCAAAAGCCUCAAAGUUCCCAACAAUAUAGUGUCUGUCACCUGUUCUGGUGGUCCUAGUAAAAUGGGUGCUUUCCAGAGCAACCGCAACAUGAUUGUAAUCGAUGCGCACUUUGGAUUCUGCGCUCUCAAAUCUGAAAUAUCAUGUUUAAUCAAUAUACUAUGCUGUGCUGGGCGUACAUUUUUAAUCUUUGGUCUUGGAGACAAACUCAUUAAAUCAAUACAUUCUCCAAACAGAGAUGGUCUAAAAGGGUACGAGAUGGGACGAAUAGACCUAGCAUAUUACGACAUAUGAUCAGAGACGGAAGAGGAAGCGAGACAUCCCACUCCCUCAUUUUUUUCUGGUUCAUAUACAUUAGACCAGACCACAGUUUAUAUCGCAUAGCCACCCUGGAACCAUGUUUUCAAGGAUAAUCGCUUCAUUUAUAUUUAUAUUAUUAUUAUAUAUUUGGUAUGAUGACUCUUUUGAUAUACUGAGGGGCGACGACCGUCGACCGCCAUCUUAGUUCAGGGCAAUAUCAUGCCGAAAAGUUGUUCUGCAUAUAACUGUACCAAUAGGUACAGCAAACAUACAGAUAUUACUUUUCACAGAUUUCCUUUCAGCAAACCAACUGUAUUUAGACAAUGGCUGGAUAACAUAUGCCGGGAUGACUUUUAUCCAAAAAAACAUAUGGUCAUCUGCUCACUUCAUUUUACUAUGGAUUGUUUCAGCGGUUUAGGCAACCGCAAAAACCUGCUGUGGAAUGCUGUACCCACUCUCUUUACAUUCCCACCACCAAAUUCUAAGAAAAGAAUGUCAGGAAAAAGGCUCAAAAUGCUUCCAAAGUGUGUCAGUGUGUCCCACGAAAAGAUGGAAACACAGAAUGGCCUGGACCCAGAAGAGAAACUACUAUCAAAAUCUGCAGAGGGCAACAAGAAAGUGAGCUUUUACCUAGCUGAGAAUUCUCAACUACGCACGAUACAACAUGUCGUCAUCUCCGAUCACAGUUACUCGCUGUCCGACCCAUGUGCACUGAAGGCCCAGCUAUUCAAAGCCUUGGAUACCAACACAUGGCUCAACAGAAGGUUACAAAUGAAGAGCCAGCUGAUCAACAAGAUGAGGUUCAAAUUGAAGGCAGCACGCGCCGAGUUGUCAAGUCUACGCAGGUGGACGAAUCUGUCCAGGGCUGCUGGUAAAGUAUCUAUAUGGCCAAGUGUACAGAGGAUAGCUGUGAAUGAUAUCAGCUGACCCAUUGAUUGACAUUGGUUUUAUUGGAAAGCUAUUUUGUAUUGGAACACAAGGAGUUAAAUUCAUUUGCUGAUCCUCUUCUGAAAACAUAGUCUUGAAGACAUACUUUUUCCAAUUUCCUCUUGGUCAAUGAGUGCAAAAUACUUAUUUGGGAAAGCUUUGCAGCCCUAUCCAUCUUGCUGACAUCUACAAAACCAUUCUUUGGAUAAUAUAGUAUAUACUUUUCCCACUAGUUUAAAGGGACCUUCCUGGACUGAGUUUUUAUUCCUGAAUUAAAAUCAAUCAAGGAUUAAGACACAAAUGAAGUUGAAAAAUAUUCCAUUGACAUUUGCGCAUGAGGGCCUUUACAAACAUGACCUGAAAGUUUUUUUUUUUUUUU